AUGAAACACUCUUUCGGCUUCUGCAUCUUUUUUGCAGUUUUUUCACACCGCUUUUUUGGUACCAAAUGCUUUAAUCAGGCCACAGCUAAUGGUGACAUCAUGAUUGGAGGAUUGUUCCCAAUUCAUGAAAGUGUGAAUGUUACUGUGAAUGAUGAUGGCAGCGAAAGCCGGGUCUGUGACAGGUUUAGCACAGCUCGGCUGGUCCAGUCUCUGAUAAUGGUGCAGGCAGUGGAGGAGAUAAAUCGGAAGAGAGAGUUGGGGAACCUCACUUUGGGAUAUCUCAUACGUGAUUCUUGUGGAGAAGUUACUACUGCCCUGAUACAAACCCAGGCCUUCAUGAUGAGAAACUGUAAUGCUCAACAGCAGUCCUCUCCACCUGUCCUUGCUGUCAUUGGUGAUUACUACUCUGAGAUAUCCAUAGCAGUUACAAGACAACUCAACCUAGAGUACAUCCCUGAGAUAAGUUAUGGUUCAACCUCUGGUUUCCUGAGUGAUAAAAUCCGUUUUCCAAGCUUUAUGAGGACCGUACCAGAAGAUGAUCAUCAAGCUCGUGCCAUCGCCCAGAUUCUUAAUAACAAUCAUUGGACUUGGGUCGGGCUAGUGACAACUGAUGGUGACUACGGUCGCUAUGCAAUUGAACGCCUCCAGCACUACGCAACCAAAAGUGGCAUCUGCUUCGCCUUCACUUCUGUUCUUCCAGAGCUUUUACAUGGUGACUCAUGCAAUGAGAGCAUUGACUCUACAGUCAAAAACAUAAUAGACAAUAAAAAUGUCAGUGUCAUUGUGUCCUUCGCCAAAGCUAACCAUAUGAUGCACAUUUUUGACAAACUUCUCAAAUAUCCUCAGGGUAGAGGGAAAGUUUGGUUGGCCAGUGAUAACUGGUCACAAUCAUCUGAAGUACUGAAUACUACAAACUAUGAUUUGAAUGAUAUAGGAACAAUCUUUGGGAUCACUCUUAAAUCUGGAAAUGCAACCAGGUUUGAGCAGUAUCUUAAUGAUCUUAAUGAAAACCCCAACCACCACGAAAACAACACAUUCUUGUCUAAAUUUUUAAAGGAGCAUGAGUUGAAAUCCUCAGAGGAGUUAAAGAAGAUGAUAUAUCCAUAUGCUGUGUUCAGUAUUGAGUUAGCAGUUAAAGCAAUAGCACAAGCUGUUAAAGACCUCUGCACUGACAGAGACUGCAAGACAAAGCGCUUAGACCCCCCAGAGUUACGACGAGCCUUACGGAAGGCAACGUUCCACAUGAAUGGAAAAAACUACUCAUUUGAUGAACAUGGUGACCUCAACUCUGGAUAUGAUAUCAUCCUAUGGAAGCAGACUUCAAAAGAUUCUCUAGACGUGCAUGAAAUUGUAGCUAAUUAUAAUAUAGAAACUGAGACGCUGACUUUCACCUCACGGGAAGCAAAACAAGCUCUCGACAGUCUCAUAGGAAGUGUGAUUUCCAGGUGCACAGACAGCUGUAAGCCCGGCUACAGGAAAACUUCAGUUACGGGCCAGCCUAGUUGCUGCUAUCAGUGUGAACCCUGUGCUGAAAACUAUUAUUCCAACACCACUGAUUCAGAAGGGUGUUAUCCUUGUAAUCCUACGCAAUACUCCGAAAAGAACAGUUCAGCAUGUACAGCUAAAAAAAUUGAUUUCCUAAAAUGGGACGAUGUACGUCUUAUUGUGCUGCUGGCAUUUACUUCUCUAGGAGCAGUGCUUACCAUUGCUGUUGGGAUCAUCUUCCUUGUACACUGGAAUACCCCUGUUGUGCGCUCAUCUGUGGGCCCCAUCUGCAUCCUUCUCCUCCUCUCUCUUAUGAUCACAUUUAGUAGUGUUAUAUUAUUUGGUGGUGAACCCAAUCCAUAUCAGUGCCAAGUACGGCAGGUGCUGUUUGGCUUGAGUUUUACCAUGUGUGUCUCCUGCAUCAUGGUCAAGUCCUUUAAAAUCAUCUUGGCCUUUGAGUUUGACCCCGUAACUCAAAGUGUUCUGAAGAAACUCUACAAGCCUUACCUCAUUAUUGGAGUCUGCAUGGCAGGUCAGGUGGCAAUUGUUACCGUGUGGCUUAUACUUAAUCCUCCACACGUUCUCUCAGACUCCCAACAGAAUGUGAUACUGGAGUUUUGUGACGAGAACUCGGCUUCUGCAUUUGGAGUCAUGCUAGCCUACAUUGGCCUUUUAGCGCUCAUCUGCUUUGGUGUUGCAUUUAAGGGACGAAAGUUGCCUGACUGUUACAAUGAUGCAAAGUUCAUCACCUUUGCGAUGCUCAUUUACUUCAUCUCCUGGAUUGUCUUUGGCCCAGUUUAUGUCACUGUCAAAGGCAAGUACCUUCCAGCAGUGGAGAUGGCUGUUAUCCUGAUCUCAGCUUAUGGCAUCUUGUUUUGUCAGUUCUUCACAAAGUGCUACAUUAUUCUGUGCAAAAAGGAAGCAAACACAGAGAACGCAUUCCUCCGGGAUAUUAGGAAAUAUUCCAUGGAUCAGAGAGCCAGUGAGGAUGAGUUGCCAUCUAAUGGAAUUGAAAACCCUACUUUAUCUUUCUCUAUGGAGUCACUGCCGAGUUCACCGUCUUCAGAUUCACUGACUAAUUGGAGUCCAGUCAUGCAGUCUAGUGAGUCCUCAAACUCCCUCUCUCUCUCCAGUGUCGAACCCACAGCAAAACAUGCUUGA